AUGGCGAGCAACCAUGUCCGCAAACGCGGUCGCCGCCCUCGUUCAGAUUCAAGUCGCUACCCGAGGAGAGAAAAGCGUGGUUCUACUGAACGUGAACCAUCACAAUACAUGACUCCUAGUUCCACAGGCACUGGUGCAUCAAAUCCUGCUUCUCUGCCAGAAAGCUCCGGUUGCAUGGCACCCCCGGAUUGCCGAAGACGUACUACAAACUCCACAGAUGGACCACCGGCCAACUCGACGGAGUUUGUAGAAAGUCCCACCGAUUUUCAUACGGCCAAUUCUCCAUAUACCACUCAAACACAAGUUUUUAACGGGUUGUUUCAGAUUCCUGCUGAUCCUAAGGAUCUAGGCCCUAAUCAAACUUCACUUUCACCUGGUCAAAUCUCACGCCCCUCUAGUCCUAUCCAUACUUUCCAUAAUGACACAUUUGAUGAUGUCUCCAGUAAUUCCAACAAAUUUCCGCUCAAACAACAAUACCGCUGCUUGGACACAAUUGCCCAUAACUUGAAAGGGAUAUUGUCUUUGGAAGAGGCCUCAGAUAUGCUGGAAAUAUACUUCAACGAAGAGUCAAAUUAUCCCUUCAAAUCUACGUCUCCAUACAUGUUGGCUCAUGUUUUGCACCCCUCAACAAUCUCACAACCUACAUGUACCCGUCCUAUCUCUCCUGCUUUGGUUGUGGUGAUUCUCUUCUGUGUUACACAAACCGCUGAUAUGAGGAUAUUUGAUACGCCUGGCGCCCGAGAGCGUACAAGCGUCGACCUAUAUCGUCUUUCAGUGGACUUGCUUCAAGCCGAAGAUCCAGAUAAUUAUUUUCGCACAUCUGAUGGCUGGCAAUUUCAUCCUCAGACUACAAAGAGCCCCCAGCCUGAUACAAGAUCGAGCCCGGACUUCCAGCCUUCUGGGAAAUCUCUACUUCCUAAACAGCUUGGAUCGACUGAUAUCAUUCUGGCGGUUGCUAUAUUGACAUUGGCGAUAUCUGGAGGUCACUAUAAGGCAGAUUCUCUUAAGUGGAAAGACAAACUGAUACGACUGGUUCGGGCUAGUGGGCUUAGUAUGGAAGACCAGGAUAUCGAUCUUGGGCCAGUAUUUUGUGGUCUUUACAACGGCGAUGCUACGUUUCGACGAUGGUUGAUUUCGAAGGAGGAGCGACGGCGGUUGUUUUGGCUCAUUUACUCAUUGGAUCGCCAUUUAGCAUUAUCUUUCAACAUGCGAAUCAGUCUCCCCGAAGGAACAUUUUGUGUAAGAAACCCAUUACCUGAAACAGUGUGGCAGUCCCUCGACACAGCAGACCUGACAUACAUGCCUACAUGUCAACUUGGCCCACCAACGCAGAUCACAGGCUGUGGGUUCUUUGAAUACUUUUUACCCUUGGCGUCGCUUUUAGGCCAUAUCAUCGAUAUGCAUCAUUAUCGCAGCCAUCCCAAUUUGGGAAAGUUCGUUCCUCAAGCUGCUGUCCAUCAGAUUGAAGCUAUGAUAUCCCAACGAGAGCAAGAGCUAGAUUUUUUGACAAGUCAGAUGAAUGGAAAUCCAACAAAUGGCUCCCAUAGCCAUGGAUUUUCCCAGCCCACCGACGGGCUUUCUCGAAUGACCGAGAAAUUUGGCACCCCUAAAUCGGGAACCUCUUUGCAAUCGAAGUUACACUUGGUUCAUAUAUACAGCACAUAUUUGCUCCAUGUCUUUUACAUCCUUCUUCACGGCAAAUGGGAUCCAAUCUCAAUGAUUGAAGACAAGGAUGACUGGAUAACAUCGGAGAGCUUCUUAAAAUGCGCCUCCCAUGCACUUAGCGCAACGGAGGUAGUAUCUCGAAUUUUGACCCUAGACCCAGAAAUGCUUUUUAUGCCAUAUCUAUUUGGGAUAUAUCUCCUUCAGGGGAGCUUCAUUCUCUUGUUAUUUGUUGAUCGCAUGCCAGAGCUUGGCCCAAAUCGAUCUGUUGAGGAGGUCUGUGAGACGAUCAUUCGUGCCCAUGAAGUGAGUGUCGUAACACUGGACACAACAUUUCAGAAGGGUAUUCAGAUCUAUGUUAUAUGA